UGAUGACAGAUUUUUCAUUUUUGACCAUAUUUUCGACCUUCGACCGGAUAUAAACCAAUUAUUUACAGGUAAAGACUCUAACAUUGGUCCUUCGAACUUUUUGAAACAACCAGCACUACGGUAGACAAAUUAUGGAUACGAAGUCAGAUAAUUUGAGACGAAGCAAACGACUUCAAGCUAAAGAAGCAGUGAGACGAGCUGCCGCAAGUGAAGGUGAAUUAAAAUGCGACAAAGUAGAAAGAAAAGGAUAUUCAGCAAAAGACGUGGAAGACCAAGAGAUGAAUCAUGUGAAAGUCACGAAAUCCAAGUCAAAAAUAAGUCAGAGCAGUAUAGCAUCAAGGAAAAGACGAGCCGAAAUCGAAACUGCUAUACAAAAGAAAAAAUUAGAGCAAGAAAUGUUAGACCUACAAUUAGCGCUGAAGCUGACCGAAAUUGAGGAAAGUGAAGGGACGAGCGAGUCCAGUUCUAAGCAAGAUGAUAAUUCCGAAUCGAUACAUGAGUCAUUGGAGCCCAACAUGGAAGAAUGGAUGGACGGGCGCCUUCCAUGGAAUCACGGACAGGACCCAUAUUCGAUUGGGAGAGAACAAGAUAAGUACAGGACUGUCAAAGGUAAAACGGAUAAAAUGAAAGCUGAAGAGAAGGUAAGAGAUUACAGUUUUGACAGAAAUCUAUCUACUUCUUCCACCUCUCGAGAUGAAAACCCAAUUACUCUUCCACAAAUAACUAAGAUCAUGACAAGACAAUCUCUGCCGAAAGAAUUACCGAUAUUUGAUGGAAAUCCUCUUGACUGGCCAAACUUCAUUUACCAGUACAGAAAUACCUCAAGAGUUUGUGGAUUCUCCGAUGAAGAAAAUCAGUUUCGUUUACAGAAAUGUUUAAAGGGAAAUGCUAGAAGCGUGGUACAAUCUUUACUCAUAUUACCUAAGAAUGUGAAUAAAGUUUUGGACUUACUUGAAACUAGAUUUGGACGCGCAGAAUAUAUUAUUUCGAUGCUGCUAGACAAAAUCAGAAGAUUUUCACCAAUCAAAGAAGAGAAAUUGGAGUUUUUUGUUGAGUUUUCCGAUGAGAUCAAGAAUUUUGUAGCUACGGUACAAUGUUUGGAAGAAAACGAUCAUUUACGCAAUCCAAUGUUGAUCACAGAAAUUUUGAAUAAACUGCCUAUCUCUUACAAACUUUUAUGGAUUGAACAUAUUGCUAAAAUCAAAGUUGAUAUUAAAUUGAUCGAAUUAUCGAAUUGGUUGGACGAAAAAGCAAAUGCAAUAGCACAAAUUCAUGUUCCUAAGUUUGACAAACAGCAAAAGUACAAGUUGAAUCGAGAUGUCACUUUGACAACUUCAGAUAAAAUUUCGAACAAAAGAUGUUUUUGUUGUAAUAGAGAAAUUCAUCCAUUGAGUUCAUGUGAAAAAUUCAAAAAUUUGUCAGUGGAUGCUCGAUGGUCUCUUAUAACUGAAAAGAAAAUAUGUUUUUCUUGUCUGGCACCUUUUCAUAAUAUCCGACAAUGUCGAAAGAAACAAAUAUGCGGCAUCAAAGACUGCAAAAGACCACACCAUAAACUUUUGCACAAUCAGUCGAGAGAAAACAAUUUAGUUCCACAAAAUAGUAAUGCCGCUGAAACUAAUUGCCGUGUUUCUGAUAGCAUGAAUGCACUCAUGAAAGUUCUACCAGUUAUUUUGUGUCACAAUGGUAAAGAGGUCGAAACAUACGUUUUAUUGGAUGAUGCUUCUACAAUCACUCUAAUUGAUGAAGAAUUUGCAAACUCUUUAGAUUUGAAUGGUCCAAAGCAAUCACUGUGUUUGCAAUGGACAAACGAAGAUAUUACUCAUCAUGAUAAUGAUUCUAGGAUAGUGAGCUUCACAAUCAAAGGGAAAAAUAACGGAUCAAAAUUCCAGUUACGUCGUGUUCGUACAACAAAAUUAUCUUUACCCCACCAAACUGUAGAUGUGAACAAUUUGCGAAAAAAUUAUCCCUAUAUUAAUGACAAAGUGAUUGAAAUGACGAAUGCCCAACCCAAAAUAAUUAUUGGGCAGGACAAUUUGCCGCUUCUUGUCAAUAGAAAAUUAGUUGCUGGACCCUGGAACGGACCAGCAGUGAGCAAAACGCUUUUAGGUUGGGUACUUCACGGAAAUUUGAAAUACGGCGAGAAAAAUCCAAAUUCAGUGUGUCAUAUUCAAUCUUUCGACAUUUUCAGAGAAAAAGAUGACUUAAAUGUUCUUCACGAUCUUGUCAAAGAACAAUGGAGUCUAGAGAAAAUUGAAAAUUCUCAGGAAUUGGCUCCAUCACCUCUAGAUCGAAGAGCACAGAGGACUUUGGAUACUACAAUGAGAAGAGUGGGAAAAAGGUAUGAGACAGGACUACUAUGGAAAAAAGAAGACUUAGUAUUACCAGAAAGUAAAGCGAAUGCCUUCAGACGACUUCGCUGUGUCGAACGGAAAAUGGAUAAAGACAAAGAUUAUGCAGAAAUGUACACUAAAAAAUUUGAAGAAAUGGAAGAAAAGAAAUACAUAAGACGACUAUCAAAGAGCGAAAUUGAAGAAGAAUCAAAUAAAAUUUGGUAUCUGCCUCACUUCGGUGUAAUCAAUCCAAAUAAGCCCAAUAAAUUGAGAAUCGUUUUCGACGCAUCGGCAAAGAGUAUAAGUCUUAAUGAUUGUUUGUUGACCGGACCAGACCUUUACAAUUCUCUACAAACAAUACUUCUGAACUUCAGGAUAAAGCAAUAUGCUUCCACAGCGGACAUAAAAGAGAUGUUCCUUCAGGUCAGAGUAAGAAAAGAAGAUUGUUAUGCACAAAGAAUACUCUGGAGAGGCAUGAAUAGAAACGUAGAACCUGAUGUCUAUGAAAUCAUGGUUGUAUUUUUUGGCUCAUCCUGCGGACCGUGUCUGGCUCAAGAGGCCAAAAAUAGGAAUGCCAGAGAUUUUGCAGAAACCUUUCCUGAGGCUUCAGAAGCUAUUAUACGUCAUCAUUAUAUGGAUGACUAUUUGGGAAACGCAGAUGAGUUGGAAGAUGCCAAGAAAUUGGUAAGAGACGUAAUCUACGUUCAUGGACAAGGUGGCUUCGUUAUAUGCAACUGGAUUGCCAAUGAUGACAGAAUUCUUGAGGACGUGGACAUGGAUCUUGUAGCACAAGGUCAUAAGAAAUUGGAUAGUAAUAAUAAGGACAUGGUGGAAAGAAUUUUGGGUGUGUAUUGGAAUCCUGUAGAAGACACAUUCUGUUUUCAGACAAAAUUCAAUAAGAUCGAUCGAGAUAUUUUGGAUAACCGCAGAAGACCAACAAAAAGGGACAUUUUGAAAAUUGUUAUGUCAGUUUUUGAUCCUUUGGGAUUCUUGGCAAAUUUCAUCGUUCAAGGCAAAAUUAUUUUGCAAAAUAUUUGGAGAAGCAAAAUUGGGUGGGACGAUGAAAUUACCCAUACUCUCGAAAAUCAAUGGCAAAUGUGGUUCUCAGAUUUGAAGAAUAUUUAUAAAUUCAAAAUUCCAAGACAAUACUUCUCGUUGAAUCGUCAUAAGAGUAAUAUUCAAUUACAUGUAUUUUGUGACGCCUCUGAGAACUGUUAUGCAGCAGUUGCCUAUAUAAGGGUUCAAGAAGAACAAGCAAUCCAAACCAACUUUGUCACCGUUAAGACUAGAGUAGCUCCGUUACGACCCCUAUCAAUUCCCAGACUGGAACUGCAAGGAGCUUUGAUGGGUGCACGUUUAGGAAAUUAUUUAAAAAAAGAAAUGAACUUGAACAUAUCUUCUGUUUUCUAUUGGACCGAUUCAACAACAGUUUUACAUUGGAUAAGAUCAGAGGCACGGCGAUUCAAAGUAUUCGUCGCUCAAAGGUUGGGAGAAAUUCAGGACAUCACUAAUAUCGCCGAGUGGAGAUACAUAUGUUCGAAAGAGAAUGUAGCUGAUGAUGCCACAGAAAGAAAGAUUUCUUGGGACAGUCAGCGAUGGAUGAACGGUCCUGAUUUUCUGCGGAGAAAUCCUGAAGAUUGGCCAAGAGAGGUAGAAACUGAGAACUUCGGAAUAGACCCAGACACUUUGGAAGAAAAGUUCGGUAAUGUUCUCAUUAUUUCAACCAAAACAAUUUUGUCUACACCUGAUGCUCUAAGAUUUUCGAAAUGGCAAAGAUUGCUUCGAACUACUUCUUAUGUCUUGAGAUUUAUCGACAUUAUGAAGAGACGGUGUACAGGAAAAGGAGAACUUUCGGUUGAAGAGAUCAACAAAGCUGAAAACCUUCUUUUCAGAAAAGUACAGGAGGAAUCUUUCAUGGAAGAAAUAAAUGCAUUGAUGCAAGGUGAACCCUUCUCAUCGAGUAGCAGACUUCGAACACUAAAUUGUUUUUUGUCGGAACAAGAUGGACUUUUGAGACUCGCUGGGAGAUUAGAAAAAUCCGAAUUGAAUGUACAGACAAGGAAACCUAUCAUUUUGGAUCCACAACACAAAAUUACGAAGCUUAUAGUCCAAAAAUAUCACGAAGAUGUUCACCAUCAUGGACAAGAAAUAGUGAUUAACAAUUUGCGACAAAAAUUUUGGAUUUUGAGGUUGAGACAAACCGUCAAAAGCAUUUGGAAUAGUUGCCAGCUUUGCAAAAUUCGACGUGCAACCCCAAGAAUUCCAGUUAUGGGUCUACUACCAGAAUGCCGUAUUCAACCGACUAUCAGAGCCUUCAUCAAAACAGGUAUUGACUAUUUUGGGCCGCUGGAAGUCACAGUAAAAAGAAGCCGGGAGAAAAGGUACGGAGCUAUUUUCACAUGCAUGACGACUCGUGCUGUACAUUUAGAAAUAGCUCAUGACCUGACAACCAAUUCCUUCAUCAAUGUUCUUCGACAAUUCGGCUGUCGGAGAGGCUUUCCAGAUGAAAUGUAUUGUGACAAUGGUUCUUGUUUUAAGAGUGCUGAGAAGGAAAUUACCGAAGAAUUCAAGAAAAUUGAGAAAAAAGAAAUUUUGGAUUUCACUGUGAUGAGAAAAAUCAAGUUUUUCUUCAACCCCCCUCUAGCACCACAUACGGGUGGGAGCUGGGAGAGAUUAAUACAAAGUAUCAAGAAAAUAAUGAAAGAAAUUUUGAAAUGCAGAUAUCCGCCAGAACAUGUACUCCGGACAGUACUUUUAGAAUGUGAAAGCAUUCUCAACUCCAGGCCAUUGACUCAUGUAUCACUUGAUUCGGACGAUGCAGAAAGUUUGACUCCCAAUCAUUUCUUGAUUGGACCAUCCAAUAUUUCACCAUCAUUCACCGAAACUGUAGAAAAAGACUUAAAUUUGAUGUCUUCUUGGAGAGCUGCACAAAGGUUAGCUGAUAUGUUUUGGUCAAAAUGGUCAAGAGAAUAUUUACCUACGUUAGUCAGAAGCAGUAAAUGGUAUAGAGACAAUGGAGAAAGAAGCAUACAACUGGGUGACGUUGUUAUAAUGGUGGAUCCAGAUGGACCUAGGAAUUUAUGGCAGAAGGCUGUUGUUAUCAACGUCUACCCAGCAAAGGAUGGGAAAAUAAGAACAGUGGAUGUUAGAAACUCCAACCACACCAUUUAUCGAAGACAUGUUGCAAAACUUAUUGUUUUGGAUGUUAAGAAGUAA